AUGGCCACCGGAACGGCUUCGGGCGGCCGCAGCCUGCCCAGGGGUUCCGCGGUCUUCACCACCUUCCCCGACCUGCUCUUCAUCUUCGAGUUUGUCUCUGGGGGGCUGGUGUGGAUCCUCAUUCUCUUGACCCAGGUGCCUGUCCCCCUGGUUCAGGGCUGGGUCCUGUUCGUGUCUGUGUCCUGCUUCGUAGCCACCACGCUCCUGCUUUUCCUCUACUCUGUUGGUGCCCAUAAGAACUGGAAUUUCUGGAUCACCCUGGACACAGCCUACCAUUGCCUCGCAGCCCUGUUUUACUUCAGCGCCUCUGCCCUGGAAACUCUGGUCACUAUCGGCCUGCAAGACGACAUAUACAGACAUUACAGUGAAAACAUCUCCGCUGUGGUGUUUUCAAUCAUAGUCACACUGCUGUACAUGGUCCAUGCUGUGUUUUCUUUAAUCAGAUGCAAGGUUUCCUACAGGAACAGAGAACAUUCCUGA